CGUUGGGUUUAGUCUCGGUUGAAAUUUACUCUCGGGCGGUUGAUAAUGGCUUGUUUGCGGGCCACGUUGCAGCGGUUUAUCAGCCGUCUGCUUUGCGUCUACUACUCGGCUCAAAUUUUGUUCUACAUCGCGGUGCAGUUCUUCACCAAACCCCACUCGAAGUUCUGGGUCGUCAAGAAGCGUCCAUAUCCGCCGCAAAGCCUCCAGAAGCACGACUAUGGAACCAGCAAGUUCGUCAGCGUUAAUGGCAUCAAAUUGCACUACGUUGAGAACGGUGACCCUUCGAAGCCGUUGAUGCUGUUUGUGCACGGAUUCCCGGAGUUUUGGUUUUCGUGGCGCCACCAGUUGAAGGAAUUCUCCAAAGAUUACUGGGUCGUUGCGGUCGAUAUGCGAGGCUAUGGAGAUUCGGACAAACCUGAAGGUCUGGAAAACUACAAGGUGGACGACAUGGUCCAAGACAUCAAAGAAUUGGUUACAGCCUUAGGACGCAAAAAGUUCACCUUGAUUGCCCACGAUUGGGGCGCUGUCAUUGCCUGGGAAUUCCUGGCCCGGCACAUGGACAUGAUUGACCGGUACAUCUGCAUGGAUGCCCCGUCGCAGCGCGUCUUCCGGAAGCUCGUUAUGUCCAACAAGACCCAGUUCAAGAUGUCCUGGUACAUGUUCUUCUUCCAGAUGCCGAAGCUGCCGGAAUUCUUCUGCCGAAUGAACGAUUUGGCGAAUUUUGACCGGAUGUUCAAGCACCACUGCAAUUUGGACGAGAUCGAAGCGUUCAAGUACACUUUCGGAAAGAAAGGUGCUCUUACUCCUCCCAUUAACUAUUACCGAGCGAAUAUGGGUUCUGGUAGGAAAUUGGUUGAUCCGAAAAGCAUUGACACUCCUCACGCUCCCGGGCUGUACCUGUUGGGUGAAAACGACCAUUUCAUAUCCAAAGAAACGGGUCCUCUGCUGAUGAAAGAGUUUAAUAAUUUACAAUUUAAGAUCGUACCCGGAGUUGAUCACUUUUUGCAGCAGCACAAUCCAUCUCUAAUCAACAAGGAAAUGCGAACGUUCCUGGAGAGUAAAUAGAGUUAACGAAAGUUUAAAAUUUUAGAAUAA